UAUAUAUAAUUCAUUAGAGCAACUACUUGGACCUCUUUAAAGAAGAGAAUGAUUCUAAGGAGAGCUUUGAUCCCGGGGGUCCUCUUUCUGGCCACCAUUUUGAGCCCCUGUGGAAGCCAAGACAUUAAGGCUGACCACGUUGGUGUCUAUGGUUCAGUAUUCUAUGAGAGUUAUGGUUCCUCUGGCCAGUACACCUUUGAAUUUGAUGGAGACGAGGAGUUCUAUGUGGACCAGGACAAGAAAGAAACUAUCUGGAGGAAGCCUGAAUUUAGUCAAUUUGGAGGUUUUGACCCUCAGGGUGGUCUGGCAAGUAUAGCUACAAUAAAGCAUAACCUAAAUGUCAUGAUAAAACGUCUCAAUGGUACUACAGCCACCAAUGAUGUUCCUGAAGUGACUGUCCUUCCCAAGUCUCAUGCGAUGCCAGGUGAGGCCAACGUCCUCAUGUGUCUUGUGGACAACAUCUUCCCUCCUGUGAUCAACAUUACAUGGUUGCGCAAUGGACAGUCAGUUAAAGAGGGUGUUUCUGAAACUAGCUUCCUUAACAAAGAUGAUCACUCCUUCCUCAAGAUAAGUUACCUCAUCUUGAUCCCUUCUGAGGAUGAUGUUUAUGACUGCAAGGUGGAACACUGGGGCCUGGACAAGCCGCUUCUGAAACACUGGGAAUUGGAGGUUCCAGCUCCAAUGUCAGAGGUGACAGAGAAUGUGAUCUGCGCCCUGGGGCUAAGUGUGGGCCUUGUGGGCAUCAUGGCAGGCACCAUCUUCAUCAUCCGAGGUCGGCGCUCAGGUAGUGCCUCUAGACCUCAAGGACCUUUAUGAGAUGCACCCUAUAAAUGAAGGUACACUGCCCUUCUACAAGAAGAGAAGAAUGGAUGAUGCUAGAUGACCUAUCACAAUUUUCUAACCCAGAUAAUCAUAUUUCUUUUCUUUCAUGUAUUCUUCUGUCUUCUCAUCUCUUCUUGAAACAUAGGGUGCUGUAUCUCCUGAAGAAGUGCAAAAACCUUAUAACUUUUACCCAAAAUGCUGAAUUGUCUUAAUUUUUAGUUGUUGUAUACUAUAGAGAGCUUUGGGGGAAUCUACCCAGUAUUCUUAUCCAUUGUGCCUGAUACAGUAUUUCCUAGAAAGCAAUAAAUCAUCAUUUUAAUUAUUUUCAUAGAAAUCUUAUUCUGUCUUUAAUCUCAAGGAUGAAUAGGAUUAUGUCCCUUUAUGCUAUAGUGCAACUUAUCUCCUUGCUAGAUAAUUUUAUUGUUUCACAUCCAGUAACACAGAAACAAUUGAAUAUAGACAAUUCUCUUUUAUCAUAGCUAAGGUUAAUUUUCUCUUCCUUGUGUUCUCAACACCUACCCCUCUUAAUUCAGGCAUCAGUGAUAGUAAUAUGUCUAUUUUCACUUUUAUUUCUUUUCAUAACAGCAGAAUUUUAAAAAAACUAAGAAAUAAGCUAACACUUUAACUCUCAAAAGUUAUGACAAUAUUAGGGAUGUGUCUUACAAGCAGAGUACUUACCUUGAGUGUGAAUUCUAUCCUUGAAUAACAAAUAAUUAAUUUAAUUAAAGCAUAACAGAGAAAUGAGUUGGGAGAAUUUUUAAUCUAAAAAAUUUUAAAUGCUGCUUUUAAAUGCAAAUUUUUUCUCCAAAAAUUAAAUUCAUGAAGAAUGAUAGCAGAGAUAGAAAAGAUAACAAUUCUCCUGUCAAGGGGGAGAAAUGGAAAUUUCUUGGUAAUGUAUUUUAAUGAGACAAUAAUACAUUUUUUGAGAAACCCAAAUAUUUUUCUUACAUAGGUUAAUAACAAUAGUAAGGAAUGGAAUAGAAAUCACAGGCAUAUUUAGAGUCUUUUAAAUGUAGGUGGAAUUUGUUUUGUCUGCCCAUAUUAAGCUCUGAUAGAUCCAUAGAGACUCUCCUGUGCUAUUAAGGCGUAUUUUAAUAUAGAAUUAAUAAGGCUCCUGUAUAUUUCUAAGCAGAUAAGUCUAAAAAAGGAUGAUUCACUGAACCCCGAAGUAUUCUUGUGUGCCCUAGGGUUAAGAAAAGCACUGAGCUUCUCUAGCCCCUAUUUCUUCCCCUUUUGAAUGAGAGAACCUUAGGAGAGGCCAUGAAAUUUAGAGAAUGUAUUAGAAAUUAGGGGUUUGGAGUCCUCUCUGUAUUCACUCUCAAAUGGAAACAAGGAGAGGAAAUGUAUCAGUAGCACUCUUUGCUUUUCCUGGUCUCUCCAGGACCUCACUCACAAGAGAGUAUGUAAUUUCACAUGGAGUCAUUUUGUUCUAUGAAAUUGUUUUAGUACAUUGCCUCAUUAAUUAUGUCAUGCAACUACUGCACCAGAUAUUGCAACUUGAACAGUAUAACAGAACAAAAAUAAAAUACAUUAGUUUGUUUCUGUAUGUGCCAUAGAGAGGUAAGAUUGAAAUGUAGUUAAACUGAAGUAUGUAAAAUUUAGUACAUCAGACUUUUAUGGAAAAAAAAAACUAAAUUAAAAUCUGGAAGUUGACUUUCUAUAGAGAUAGUAUUUUCAACUUUUUGAUAA